CUAGUUAAGUAAAGGAGAAAUACAUUUUUAUAGGUUUUAUUAUCUGUGGAUUUUACAAUGAUUCAUAGUUUGUUUAUCAUCAACCAUUCAGGUUUAGGAAGUUGUGUUUGAUUGCUGUGGAUGGCAGACGUUUGUGGCUGUUCAAAAGACAUCAGGCCAUGGAAAAAUAAUAAGUUUUAUUAUCGACUGAAGAAAGUAACUGGGGACAAGCCUAUUUUCCUGAAAACAUUCCUCUGUUGUGAAAAAAUACUUUGGAAAAUUCAUAUCCUUGCUGGCCAGAGUCGGCCCAAGAUCAUAUUUUCACGUAAAGUUUGCACUAAUAUUGAGCUGUACAAUUUUCUGGGAGAGGUCUCACUGGUCUGUUUGCAACAUUGAAGAAUGUCCGAAGUUUUUUCAUGAGCAAGGUUGCAAGAUCAACAAAAUGGUGACAGAAACGAUAAAGUCACGAGCUGUAGAAAAAGGCAUUCGUGCUGUCAGACGGAAGCAAAAAUGGUAAAGAAGUGGAGGUUGUUGGAACUUUUAAAGGCUAAUAAUCACGGAAAGUUGCUUUGUUGACGUACGGCGUUGAAGAAUUUCCUAAGUUCGAUGUAUUUACCUUGGAUAAUACAGAAUUUAUAGAGUUGCCUUCAACGAAUGAAAAGUUACUUCAUGGAUGACGAACGUUACGAGUCUAAAGAUGAAGGAACGGAAUAUUACCCCGACUAUGAAAUGCACAAAAUUAUUAGAUCGACUGACUGGAAAACAAGACCUAAAACAUUUUAUCUGAAACAUAAAUCCUGUGAAAAUUGAAGUAAGUCAAUGGAAAGAAAAGUGAAGAUAUUAUUGACAACCGUAAUCUUGAUGGAAAAUGAAGUAUAACAAACUUUUAACUAAUCAUGUGCCACUUUCAAAUUGUAAACUUGAGCAACGACCAAGAAAUUGGUUCAUAAAGUCAUAUCAAGGAUUACUUGCAUGUAUAGUCACUGAAGUAUGGAUUAUUAAUAAACUUAAAUUCGAUCAUAUAUGUAUGUAAAGGUCUUAAUUGAUGUAGGACGUGAAUGCAUAAAAAUGUAAUGUAAUGUUUUUUAUAUACUUCGUCAUAAAAGUUGAAUAUGUUAAGAACAUGUACAUCUUUUCUAUUUCAAGCGGGAGAAAAUUAUUAAAGCGAGUCGUAUAGGGUAGCCGUAAGUAUGUUUACAAAAGUUAAGGCGUUUUAAAGAAAAUUCUUAUGCUCCACUGUUAUUUGGUUAUCACAACAUUACCGUACACUAAACAUGCUUCCUCUGGGUCUUCUGAUGUCUUUCACGUAUAUUAAGGAUAUAUUUCUGGAAAAAGAUUGGAGAAGUGUUUUAGGUCGCUCUGUUUGUGAUUAUUUCUUUGAAACUCAUGGAAAGGGAAUUCCAUUGGUAGACGACCGUCGUCAUGGAUUUACCUGCAAACGUUUGUUCAUAAUUCCCGACACUCGCUAAGUUACAUCAUUUGGCAAGAAGACGCAAGAAGACAUCAUUUGGGAAGAAGACGACAAAUUUAAAAAUCAGACGGUAGUAAAAACGGUGAAGAAGUCAAUAGUGUUGAAUUACUUGAAGACCGGAGAAUUUUUUAAGAGAGUCAAAAGAAAGUAAGUCCACUUCCUAAAGAUACUGAUAUGACAAAUUAAUGAGAAAUUACUUUGAAGAAAAGAAAAGUUUAACGACUGUCCAGCAUGAUUUCUGCUAAAAUGGCUCGCGGUAAGUUGACCCUGUUAUGCCGUAAAGAUGAAAAAUAUUACGCGUUGACUUGUUGCCACGUUGGUUUGUCACUUCAUUUGGAGUGGAAUGAUGACUUUGCUGCGAUUCAAGAUGAAAUUAGUAAAAACAAGGAAAGCAUUCAGCGUUUAUUGCAUAAAAAUAAAUAUACUUUCUCAGAUGAUGACAGCGUGGUUGGUCAUUUUUCUGACUUCUCUUAUUGUCCUGAUAUCGAUAUCAUGUCUAUCACUGUUGGCAAUGAAGAGGAUUUUCAGAAACUUGUUGGUGAUGAAUUGGAAGAUGUUGAUUCAAAAUUUGAUGACGUAUUUAUCAAAAUUCACGAAAGGCUAUUCCAAGGGGAAUCUGUGAUAGUUCGCACAGACACUGGUAUUUUUGGCUCCUUGUGUGAACUUAUGUAUUCAGUUUUUGUUGAAAAACAUGUGAUUUUGCGUAAUGUUAUCAUGAUAAAAAGUGAUGAGUCAUUUCUUAAGGAUGGUGACGCUGGUGUUCUUGUUUAUUUUUUGGAUGAAAAAAAUAAUUGGCAACCGUUUGCGUAUGGAAUUGCAGAAAUAACUAAUAAUCACGGGACAUAUUAUGCCUGCAUGAGAUUAAACAUUGCCUUAAAAGCACUCGGCCUUCAGGGUGGUCAGUUGUUUAAACCGAGGAACAAAGGUGACACUCUAUCCGUUAGUGAUAAACACAUCGACGUUGACACUGCAUUGAACAAAACCAACCGUGACGACAAUGGUCGUACUGCCUCUUAUAAAGAGAAAGCUGACGAGAGAACAUAUCAGGAACGUGAACAAGCGACAUACACUUAUUCAAGCCCACUUGAAAUUGCUGAGAAAACGGACAACAAAAUACUCAAUCUGAAGUUUCUAGCCCAGAUGCAUAUCAAUGAAUAUCACAAUUUGGUUGGGAAGUCGCAAGAAUGGAAUUGCGUUGACAAAUCAGUGAUGCAUCGCGAAAAGUUUGAAAUGAUGCAAAAACAUUGGCUUGAACAUCCAGGUGAUAUUAGAAUUAAAGGCGAUGUACGUGUGAUUUUCAUGGACGAGUUCUUGAUUGGCGAAGGAAGUGAUGGAACCGUUUAUCUUGGUUUGGGAAAGGAUGGUUAUGGAAAAGCUGUAAAACGAAUCCUUAAUAAUAGAUGUAUCCAUUCUGCACUACAAGAAAAGAAUGUUUUGAAUGAGCCAAACGCAAAGGAGUCGAAGCAUGUUGUAAAGUAUUGGAACUUCGUAGAAGAGGAAGGAGAAGAUUUUGUCUAUUUGAUAUUAGACUUGUGUGAACAAACUUUGACAAGUUUUGUUGAGUCUACUAGUUUAGAUACACUUCACGAAACCCUUCCCGAAAUCCUUAAACAAAUUUUAAAUGGAUUAUCUGAUCUUCAUAAUGGUCCAAAUUUUAUUCUUCAUCGGGAUUUAAAGCCUUCUAAUGUUCUUCAAGACGUGAAAGGCAAAUUUAUGAUAGCUGACUUUGGCCUUAGUCGAAUAUUGAAAAGUAAAUCAACACAUCAAAGCAGUCCUGGUACAGGCAGUUAUGGUUGGUCCGCUCCUGAAUCCUUGCGUGAUGGUCGUUACAAGAAAGAGUCUGAUAUAAUGAGUGCAGGAAUGGUGGCUUAUUAUGUUGCAACAAAAGGGAAACAUGCUUUUGGAACUAAAGAGAAUAGAUUGAAAAACUUAAUAAAUGGAAACCCUGUUGGCUUGAAAAAAAUCGAUGAUGUUCAACUUAAAGAUCUUCUUUCAUGGAUGCUACAGCAUAAGCCUGAACUCAGGCCAUCAGCCAGCGAGGCGUUAAAACAUCCUUAUCUACAAUCCAAUGAGGAAAAGUUUGACAUGCUGUGUGAUGUUGGAAACCAACCGGAGAUAAAACAACCACAAUGUCAAAAUUCAGAUGUUCGUGAGCAAUUGAAUCGUCGCUCAAAAUGGAUGAAACUUAUCCAUGAUGAAGUUUUGAAAGAUUUAAAAACAUUUGAAGUAAACAACAAAGAAAGGACUGUAACCUACGAGUCUUCAUGGGCAAGUUGUUUGAGAUUCAUACGUAACGUUGAUCAGCACUGGCAUGAUAAACCUCGUCCACGUUUAUCCCCAUUUAUCAAAGAAGGCAACUAUAAAGAGUAUUUCAUUCAACGUUUUCCCGAACUUCCUCUUCUGGUGCACAAAAUUAUUAGAUCGACUGACUGGAAAACAAGACCUAAAUUGCAAAAACAUUUUCCGAGUCGCAUCUCUUUAAAACGGUCUAUACAAUAUGUUGAAGGUGACAGCGUCAGCAAAGGCUAUACCGAUGAAAAGGAAUUGUCGUCUGCAAUACCUCACAAAAAAAAAUUGCAAAAUGAUGGAGAUAUCUUCAAGAAAUUUUCAGAUAAAGCUCCAAUUCCCAACACGAGUGACUUUAAAAAUACGUUUUUAACCGAAGGUUUCAAAAUUAAAGAUUGUGUGCAUGAAAAAUUGAAAAGUUUUUCUUGGCUUUGUUGCAAAUAUGGCAUAGCUCAUCCGAACAAAGAGAUGCCUUAUCUUCAUUUGUACCUCGAAGUGGACAAAGAAAUGAGAGGGAAAGAUUUGAAACCAGAAAUCAAUAAGAUAUUAAAUGGCAAUGCUUCAGAAUACAUUGAAUUACGUUUUGUCGACCGAUCAGACGGAAUAAUAAUUCGGCCACUAUCCAACAUGGUUCACUCAAAGCGUGAUGAUGAGCCUAAUGAAGAAUCUUGUGGCACUUUGACUCUGUUCAGCUGUAAAGAUGGCAAACAUUACGCGUUGACUUGUCUUCAUGUUGGAUAUGGAAAAAUUCUGGAAGGUGCCGAUCAAAUCUUUUACAUUCGAGACCAAAUUGAAAAUGAUAAAUUGGCAUUUGAGAAAUUUCAACUAAAAAACAAGUACUCUUAUACUCAUCAAAACAGCAUAAAAAUACCUCUUGGCGAGCUAUUUCAUUACUCAUUUAAUCUUGAAACCGACAUCAUGGCAAUCUUAAUUGAUGACAAAGAAAAUGAAUUUACUGCAGCUGAAAUAAAGAUGCCGAGUUCUUUUGAUGCUGUGUUUGAUAAUUUGUUAUCAAAGGCAAAUAAAAAAGUUUAUAAAGUUGGUGACGAGUUUGGCUUGAACGUCAUUGAUGGCAUCAGUCGUAGCGUUUUUGACAACAACAACAAUUUAGUGUUUCGUGACAUAGUGGCAGUAAAGAGUGAUAACGAAUUCCUCCGGCCUGGAGAUUCUGGUUGCCUGGUGUAUUAUUAUGAUGAGAACAACAAAAAGAUACCAUUUGCGUAUGGAGUUGCUGCAGUGACCAAGAAAAACGAGACUUAUUAUGUUUGCAUGAGAUUAAAAGAUGGUUUAGAAAAGUUGGGACUUCUCGAAAAUGUCUCCUUCAAAGAUUUUUCACGUGCUUCGAAAAAAAGGGAACCUUCUGUAUGCCAAUCGAAUGAUAAUGACAGUUUCGAAGACAGCGAUGCAAUGCCUUCAUCAGGGAUUAAUGAUGAAAAGAGUGUGGAAGAAGGAUACAUUUGUGAAGAAGAGGGAAAACAACGUUUGGAAGUUCAAGAAUUGUUGCGUCAACCAUGGAAAUGUUUUGAUAAAUCAAUAAUGCAUCAGGAAAAGUUUAAGAAAAUGGAGGAAUAUGGACGCAAACAUCCAGAAAAAGUUACACUGCUCAGUGGAUUGCGUGUAAUUUUCAAGGAGGAGUUUUUGCUUGGCAAAGGAAGUGAUGGAACCCGUGUUUACCUUGCCCUGGGAAACAAUGGUUAUGGAAAAGCAGUAAAGCGAAUACACAAAGAUAGCGGCAAAGACUUUGCAAAUCGAGAAAAAGAAAUUUUGAAUGAAUUGAAUGCAAGGCGUUCGAAUUAUGUUGUGAAUUUUUGCCAUUUAGAAGAGAACCUUGACGAAGAGUAUUUGUACAUGAUAUUAGAUUUGUGUGAAGAAUCGUUAGAGAGUUAUGUGAAAUCUUCUUCUCUGCAACAUCUUCAAAAAGUCAUUCCUACAAUUCUUAUGCAGAUUUUAAAAGGUUUAGCUGAUCUUCACAGUGGUCCGUGUCCUAUUCUUCAUAGGGAUUUAAGACCAUCAAACGUUCUUCGAGAUGUACAAGGAAAUUUUUUAAUCGCUGACUUUGGAAUAAGUCAUAUGUUAUCUAAUGAAACUUUAACACAUCAAAGCAUACAGAGAGGAGCUAAAAAUUGGAUAGCUCCAGAGUCAUAUAACGCAUCAGAUGAUACAAUUAAUAAAGUUCGUUACAAAAAAGAGUCUGACAUUAUGAAUGCCGGAAUGGUGGCUUAUUAUGUUGCAACAAAGAGAAAACAUCCUUUUGGAACUGAACAGCAUAGACUGGACAACAUUUUGAAUGGAAACCCAGUUGGCUUGGACGAAAUCAAGGAUGCCACGCUCAAAGACCUUUUAUUGUGGAUGCUACAGUUAAAACCUGAAGACAGGCCAUCUGCCGAUAAGGCGUUAAAGCACCCUUAUCUACAAUCAGAUGAAGAGAAAUUUAACAUGCUAUGUGAUAUGGGAAACAAACUGGAGGUGAAACAUUCACGAAGUCAAAAUUCUCCCACUUCAGACGUUCAUAAGCAGUUGCAUGGUUCCACAGAAUGGAUGAAGCGUAUCGAUGAUGAAGUCGUCAAAGAUUUGAUCAACUUUGAAGUAAACGACAGUAUAAGAACUCUAAAGUACGAGUCUACAUGGGCAGGAUGCUUAAGAUUUCUACGAAACGUUGACCAACAUUGGCAAAAUAAGCCUUGUCCGCAUCUAUCACAAUAUGUGAAUUAUAAAAAGUAUUUCCUGCAAAUUUUCCCGGAGCUUCCUCUUCUGGUGCACAAAGUCAUAAGGUCGAAUGACUGGAAAUCCUCUCCAGAUCUGGAAGAACACUUUGCUAGAGAAAUCAAUAGAGAUGCAGACGAUAAUUUGGAUAAACGCUUUUGGAUGAACACAAGCUUUUCAGAAGAAUUGCUGUCUCAACCGUGGAAAUGUUAUGAUAAAUCAAUAAUGCACCAGCAAAAGUUCAGAAUGAUGGAAGAAUAUGGGCAGAAAAAUCCAAGAAAAGUUAAACUUGUAAAUGGUGUAAAGGUUAUUUGUUCUGAAGAGUUUCUGCUUGGUAAAGGAAGUGAUGGAACUCGUGUUUACCUUGGACUCGGAAACGAUGGAUACGGAAAAGCCGUAAAACGAUUGCUUCGAGAUAACUGUGCGGAGUUAGCCAAACGAGGAAAAGAUAUUUUGAAUGAGUUUAAUGCCAAGCGUUCAAAUUAUGUUGUGAAUUAUUGGCAUCUUGAAGAAGAACCAGGCACAGAUUAUUUGUAUUUGAUAUUAGAUUUGUGUGAAGAAUCGUUAGAAAGUUUUGUGAAAUCUUCUACUUUGCAAUAUCUUCAAAAAGCACUUCCUAGAAUUCUUAUGCAGAUUUUAAAAGGUUUAGCUGAUCUUCACAGCGGUCCGUGUCCUAUUCUUCAUCGGGAUUUAAGACCAUCAAACGUUCUUCGAGAUGUACAAGGAAAUUUUCUAGUCGCGGACUUUGGUGUAAGUCAUAUGUUAUCUGAUGAAACUUCGACACAUCGGAGCAUACAAAGAGGAGCUAAAUAUUGGAUAGCUCCAGAGUCAUAUAACGCAUCAGAUGAUACAAUUAAUAAAGUUCGUUACAAAAAAGAGUCUGACAUUAUGAAUGCCGGAAAGGUGGCUUAUUAUGUUGCAACAAAGGGGAAACAUCCUUUUGGAAUUGAACGUCAUAGACUGGACAACAUUUUGAAAGGAAACCCAGUUGGCUUGGACGAAAUCAAGGAUGCCACGCUCAAAGACCUUUUAUCGUGGAUGCUACAGCUAAAACCGGAAGACAGACCAUUGGCCAACGAAGCGUUAAAGCACCCUUAUCUACAAACCGAUAAGGAGAAUUUCGAUUUUCUGUGUGAUGUUGGGAAUGAACCAGAAAUAAAGACAUCAUCUCCACAUUCUCUUCCCUCAAAUCUUCGUGAGCAGUUAAACCUUUCAAUAGAUUGGAUGGACCGUAUCGAUCCUGAAUUUUUUAAUCAUUUCAAUAAAGUAUCCGACUCUACAUGGUUAGGUUGCUUAAGAUUUUUACGAAACGUUCGCCAGCAUUGGCAUGAUGAAUCUCGUCCAGAACUGUCAUCAUGUGUUAAAGAUGGAAACUAUCAAGAGUAUUUUCUUCAACUUUUUAAGGAACUGCCUCUUCUAGUUCACAGAACCAUAAGAUUGAGUGAAUGGAAGACAAGACCUGUUCUAAAGAAACGUUUUCCAAACAGUGCAUAUUCUGUAAAACGUGAAGAAGGCAAGGGAAAGAAAAGCGAAGCUGUUAUUGAUUACGCUGAUAUUAACGCUUUUAAAUUGUUAGAAGAAAAUCUGUGUACGUUGAGUGUGCAUCAUUGGUGUGUACGGAACUCAAAGUAUGAAUACUGCCGAGGGACUCUACCAGACAGAAAAUCCCAGAAGAAAAGAGGUGUCUGCUCGAAAUAUCAAGGUGUUUUAUUAUCUGUGGAUUUUACAAUGAUUCACAGUUUGUUUAUCAUCAACCAUUCAGGGGAUAUAUUUCUGGAAAAACAUUGGAGAAGUGUUUUGGGACGCUCUGUUUGUGAUUAUUUCUUCGAAGCUCAAGGAAAGGCUACUUCUCCAGAAGACAUUCCUCCUGUAAUUGCAACAGGAUUCAGUUAUCUCAUCAGUAUAUUUCGCCAUGAUCUCUUCUUUGUUUCUGUUGUUGAAAAUGAAGUUCCACCUUUGUUUGUGAUUGAAUUUCUUCAUCGAGUUGUUGACUUGAUCAAAGAAUAUUUCUCUGACUGUACUGAAACAAUCAUUAAAGAAAAUUGUGUCAUUGUAUAUGAGUUAUUGGAAGAGAUGUUGGAUAAUGGAUUCCCUCUUGCUACAGAGUCAAAUGUCCUUAAAGAGUUGAUAAGACCUCCUAGUAUAGUUAGAAAUGUUGUUAAUAAAGUGACUGGAGAUAGCAAUAUGAGCAGUCAUCUCCCAACUGGUCAAUUGUCCAAUGUUCCAUGGAGGAGAACUGGUGUAAAAUAUGCAAAUAAUGAGAUUUAUUUUGAUGUAGCCGAAAGCAUUGAUGCCAUCAUUGAUAAACAGGGCUCCACCAUAUUUUCAGAAAUACAAGGAACUAUUGACUGCAACUGUAAAUUAUCUGGCAUGCCUGAUCUCAACAUGUGUUUUACAAAUCCUCGUAUCCUUGAAGAUGUCAGUUUUCAUCCUUGUCUUCGCUUCAGAAGAUGGGAGUCUGAACGAAUUUUGUCAUUCGUCCCCCCGGAUGGUCGUUUUCGUUUAAUAUCAUAUAACGUGGCAACCGGGUGGGUGUUUAAGCAGUUAUAUUUUCAUGAUGAAAUUGUCUAUUUUGAUGGUAUUUUUUGUUUUUUGUUUUGGGUAAAUAUGCUACCAUUGUUUGCAAAGCCUCGUGUCUUGUUUCAAGAGGGCGGAAGUGGAAGAUUUGAAUUGUCGAUAAGUUCAAAACCAGUUAUGGGUAAAAAUGUCGAGAAUGUUGUCGUGACUGUUCCAUUUCCUAAACAAGUUCUCAACCUUAACUUGACCACAAACGUUGGUACCUAUUCAUUUGAUCCAAUCAAAAAAGAGCUUUCAUGGGAGAUCGGUAAAAUACAAUCUCAGACAUCGUCACCUAACAUCAAAGGAAAUGUAUCUUUAAAAAGCGAUGUCCCACCUUCGUAAGAAACACCAACUGAAUUCUUAAAUUUCAAAAUAUAUUCAUUUGCCGCUUUGGGAUUGAAAGUCGGUAGACUGGAUGUACAUGGAGAGAGCUCACCAUGGAUUCAUAUUGUCAGCGGUUUUCGUAUAAUGGAUCACAUGCUAAAAUGUGGUGAAAAAUGCGAUAAAGAGAAAGUAACUUCCAGUUGAAUGGUUUAGAGAAUGAAAUAUCCUUUCUGUUUCGUUGUUUGGACCAAAUUUAUGGUGAUAAGAGAGUCAAGAUAAAGUAAGUCCACUUCCUAAA